AUGGUCCGUCAUACUCAGUCUCACGAUUUACGUCAGGGUUCUCUCCCAUCUGAUUUUACUGCCAGUUUAGGGAAGUACCAGGGCCUGCUAAGGCAGUACAGAGAGAGUAUGGGGAUAUAUGAUAAUGCAGACAGCAGCUCUGACACUGCCACCUACACUACCAGUCACAAGAGAGUCAAUACCUACAUAAUCUUCAUAUUCAUUGUGGAGUUUUUAAUUAUGGUGUUUGUGGCCAUUUUGGAAUACUUCCUCAGGUGGACCACAGCAUUUCCAGUGAGACAGCAGAAUUUCUCUUGUCUAGACCCCAGCAUAUCACAUGCAGUUGAUGGCAGACAGGCCUUCUCUCAGUUUGCUCUGGAGGCAAAUGUUUCAGAGGCACUUAUGUUAGGAGCUUGUUUUCUGAUACCUACUAUAAUGAUAGGCAUUGGUGAGUCUGCCAUGUGGUUACUCAAUGGCAGAGAGCACAAAGUUGUGUAUGCCAUGUGCAAACAGUUUAAAUUGCCUCAAAUGUUCAGGCGCAUGCUGAGGUUUGUAGGAGUCCACAUGUUUGGGUGUUUAGCCACCAUGGUUGUGACAGAUGUGACCAAGACAAUGGCUGGAACACUCCGACCCAACUUCCUGGCAGUAUGUAAACCACUCAAGAAUUGUACUAGCGAUAAUGUGGGUCUGGAAGUAUGCACAGAGAAAAAUAUUGAAAUGCUAAGAGAUGCUAGGUUGUCUUUUCCAUCAUUGCAUGCAUCUGUUACCUCAUUUGCUGCAGUAUUCACAUCCGUGUACAUUCACAAUUCUAUUAACACACAUCAAGUACGACUCCUACGCCCUUUCUUCACACUGUCACUGAUCAUUGCUGCUUUGUUGGCUGGUCUGUCCAGGAUAGGUCAUCACAGAAACCACUGGCCAGACAUAUUAGCUGGGUAUGCUAUAGGGUCAGCAGUAGGAUUCUACCUGGUAGGUCAAGUGGUGUACCUGAUAGGGAAUAAAGUCAUUUCCAAGCGUAUCUAG